GACGAACUCGGAUCUUGGCUUGUCUUUCCGAAUCGGAGGCAGGCAGAGUAGCUUUGAGGUAUGGAACGAGCGCAUCUGUAGGCUCGCCGUCGGACAGGACGGCACAACAGAGCGAGAUUCUUAGCGACACACGGCAUGCCGCAAAAGCAGCCACAGCAAAUGGAGUAAAAAGAUUUCGUGAGAUAUUCCUGGCUGUAUAGCACCGUGAGGAUGAGCCGCCGUCUUCACGGAGCGUGAAAGUCGUUUUUGGCAUGUCCGACGGUGAGACCGACAGCCGAUAACGCUGAAAGCGAGCAAGGCGGGAGAAGGAAAGACGAAUCUCAAGCAUCAUUGAAGCAGUUUCUUUGGCUUCUUCUAUGAGCCCGGAAUGGGGAAAGUCAGCCUUCAGGUAGUCUCCGGAAGGCUCCUGGAGGGACGGCCGAGAACUGUAAACGUGAUCCUCGUUGUGACCAUGACAAUUACCAAUCCUUCCGCCCGACAACGAUCAUAUAGCGAUUGAUCAUGACAGAAGGCAUUCGGUAUCGAAAUCCGAACCUUGACCCAACCCUUCUCUUCCCCGGGUCAUGGCGACAGUCUCUGUGGCCCGUUCAGAGGCCCGGCCAGCCUCCAGCUUUUUGAAAUUUUGGAAGAAGACAGCGCAGACUCCCGUUCGUCAGUCCGGACCUAUGCGGCAGUCGCCAGCGCUCGACGUGCCUAGCGAAAUCUGGUUCGAGAUCCUCGCGCACUUCGAAUGCUACGAGCUGGGGGCUAUCUCCCGCGUGUCGAAGCACCUCCGCGCCGUUUCCCUCACCGCGUACUUUAGGACACAGCAGUUCUUUCCUUUUCUCGAUACCUUCGCGUUCCGCAUGUCGUGUGCGAGCACCGAGCUGGCUGGUUACGUGGAGAGGACUACUGCUAGACUCGAGUUUCUUUCAGCUGAAGGAAACAAGGGCGCGGUCAAGGAGAUCUAUGUGUCUCCCUAUCCACCGGGAUAUAAUCGACGGCACAGAGGAGCGCAUCGGCCCAUAGAGCAUGUUUUGGACCGAAUCCUGCGUCUUCUGCCCGCUCUGCACAACUUGAAUGUUCUGACGCUCCAAUUCCCUGCCUGCGACGAGGCACUGAAGGAGGCCCUACGACUAUUGCAUCUUGAAUCCCUAGAGCUAGAGAUACCUCCCGGAUCGCAUGGGAUGAUUCCGGUCCCUGCGACGAAGAGCUUUGUCUUCAACCGCAAUACCAGUCUGCUCAUCAUGUUUCCGCCGCACGGAACGUCUCUCGACUUCUUGUUUGCCUCUACGCUGGAAACCGUCGUUGCUGGGCCGACCGCGACAUCAGUCGUGGUGGAGGCUCUUGCGGCCCACGGCGCGCCCUUCCCUAAACUCUCCGCCCUCGACGUGGCCCAGAGUGUCCUCCAAUCCCCGCACUUUGGCCAAGUUCUGCUCGCCUGCCCGGCACUCUCGCUCUUACGGAUUCGCACGUCGGCAGUGGACGUCAGUGCCAAUCCCCUGUCGAUGGAAUCGACGCCCGCGGUGCCCCCCGAUGCGGUCCCGCGUCUCAAGCUGUAUCACGGUCCGCCGGCGCUGGGGGCUUCUCUCGCUCGCGGACGUUCCCUUCGGACUGUGCGAUUGUGGUCUUCGCACGCCGUGGCGAGAGUGCGCGCUCCAACUGAGCUUCCUCCGAUACUCCUCCAGAUGGCCAACGACUCGGUUCACACCCUAGAGCUCGGUGUCUUGACAUUUCCAUUCUCGUUAUUCGAUACCAUUCACGGCUCUUUUCCGUGCCUGAGGACGUUGGGAAUCAACACCCAUCUUGGCGCUUUCCAUCCAGGAAUUCGGCAGACUCAAGCUCUGGAUCCCGGGGUAGUCGUCCGUGCGCAGUUGAGACUGCCUAUCGGGAUGGAGAGUUUACAGCUCGUCCGGAUUGGUGUACAGCUGGCUGGAGAGGAUCCGGAGGAGCUGAUGACCAGCGCGGUCCAGACUAUCGAGGCGUUCCCCGCCAAUUACGACCCAACGUCUUGGAGAACGUGGGUCGUCGACCGUGUCUGGUAUUGCGUCGAAUGGGCCCGGGACCCGCAGUCCUUGCCGAUUGCCGAUGGCAGAGUGGAGGGGACUUUGAGGGUCGAAUAUGGAACGCACAUUUUUCGAGGAAUCUGGAUGGAAUCCACCUACGCACUUAGACGUAUCUUAAUCGAUAAUCUUAUGACUACACCGGGAGUGGAGAUCUGCUCUGAGUCACCGCCCACUCACCGCUUGUCACCACUGCCUUCGAGAUACGACCAUUCCAACCAUCUGUGUGGUUGCACAGCCCGAAGACAGAUAUAUACUCUGACGAUCUUUGAAAGUCUCUUAUUGCACCGCGCGCCCGAUUACGGACCUCGCUACCACCAAUCUCCGCUCAAUAUGCCUGCAAGCCCAUGCACAGUUCUUCGUCGUGCCAUACGCCGGCGCCGAGCCGGGUCUUCUUCCCAGGCUCCUGCAGCCGAAAGGCCGCCGCGGAAACGAGCGUUAUUGGUCGCUGUCAGGGAAGAGAAGAAGCGCGAGUAUGGGCUGCUCGAAGCCGCGCAUGACGAUGUGCGCAAAAUGCGCGGACUGUUGAUUGAUGUAUAUCAUUACGCUCCCGAAGAUAUAGUAGUGCUUGCCGACGAUGGAAGACAUGUGAUGCCUACGAGGAAAAACAUCCUGGACGCGAUUGAUGAGCUCGUUACCGAUGUGAGGAGCGGGGACCAUGUAUGCUUCCAUUACUCUGGUCACUCAACUCAGCGGCCGAAUCGAUCCAAUUCGGAAGAAGACGGUCUCGAUGAGGUCAUGGUCGCAUGCGACUCGGAGGAGAUUGUCGACGAUGAACUCUACGACAGACUGAUCGUGCCCCUCCCUGAGGGUUCUUUCCUGGUUGCUGUCCUCGACACUUGUCAUUCCGGAUCUCUUCUCGACUUGAAGCAUCAUCGAUGCAAUAGAGUGCCCGUCACCUGGACCGGGGUCGGCAUGAGUAAACUGAACGCUGACGGGCCUUCCCCAUCCCCGAAGCCAGUCUUAGCUGUACGGCGAGGAAAUCGGCGCAACGCGCAACCCCCGGCUUUGGAAAUCUCGACGGCAAACGUGACGGUGUUCCUCAACGACGGGGAUGGAAUGCUCGUCGCUAGUCCAGCUCCCCUUCCUAUAUGGUGCACUGGCUGGUGCCGACUGCAGGGCGCUCAGGAUGAGGAUCCCGAACUCGAGCAGCGGGGAGUCCGGGCAGAUGUCAUCUGCCUCUCCGCAUGCAAGGAUUCACAAGAGACGUGGGAAUCCGAGGGCCACGAGAGUAUGUCGUCGUUCCUCGUGGCCCUGCUCCGGGAGAAGCAAGACUACACCAUCGCUCAGGUCGUCUCCGCAAUGAGUGAAGCCAUGUACAAGAUGGCUCGCCAACGACAACAGCGCUGGGACAAGUUCCGCGAGGACGACAGGGCCUUCCGAACACAGGUGGAUGCCUCGAUUUCCGCGCUGCAGCACCCUCCGCUUCACCAGAAGCGUAGCGAAACGACGCCUCCCGUGUUUCCGCAGGAGAGGGCGUUCCUACAACCCAAGCAAAAGCACAAGCGACAGAUCGCGUUUUCAGCCGUAAUCAAGAAACUGCGCGAGCCAUUUCCGAAGCAGCCACCCUCACACAUUUCAAAGAUCCGCCGGCGUUCAGUCUCAUCUGAUAACACUGCGGUGGAUCCCUCUUUCAGGCCGAGAAGGUCAUCGACGAUCAUGCAGGCAGCAAAAUUAGCUAACUUUAAGAGCAUGCGACGCUCUUUUUCAAAAAAACAGCCGGAAGUUCGGACUUUCGAGCCCCAAAAUCCGGAGUUGUCGAGCUCGAAACCUGUUAAUAUGAAUCGUCGCUGGGAGCUUUAACUUUUAUUGGUAAUUACACUAUAAUUAUUGACUUGUCGAUCCUGGGAAUCUCUGUGUAGUACUGUAUCCCAGCGUAUGGGAGAUCAUAAUAGCAGUUUAUAUUAUAACGCAGUGCACUCUCGACUUCUGUAAGCGGAGAGUUUGCACGUGACUAACAGGACAUGUGUGGGCAGACACAUAGUGCAAGGCUCUGAGAGCACCCAGGCAUGGAGAUGGGGAGUCCAGCGCAAUCAUCCAUCUCGCAUCGGAGAUCGCUGGCAUAUGUCAAAUGGCGAUCCCAUAUCACGUACAAGAAGAGCGGUAAUCCGUCUCUCCAAAAUGAGCUUCCGACGUUCCAUUCUUGCACGGUGCAAAGGGAAUUCGGCCGAAAUGGGGCGUUUUGUUGAGCGAAGGAGUCGGUCGUGGGCACACAAGCGCUCACGUACCCGUCGAAGUCUGUACUUGAGCUCUUCCAGGCGAGCGGCCGAUCCGGGGGGAUCUAGUGAGGGCUCCGGAAGAGCAGGAGAGCCUCGUGCCAUUCUUGUCGGACUGUGAAAAGAACGAGGUGCAGCGGAAAGACGAGAAGAACAUGGAGAUCUUCCGGCCUCCGAUACUGACGCUAUCGCCAGAGGAGAUGGUGAUAGUGCUCUUGAAAACAGUGGUCCGCUCCGGAUGGGUGUACUUACUAUAGAAUUGGGAGGUGUAGGUGUGCUCGACCGCUCUCGAGUAGGUGGGACACCCGAAAUCGAGGAUUUAGGUGACGAAGCCGGGAGAAUCAAGCGCAUUUUGUAGAUUCCCCCGCCGGGGAUUCUCACCAUCGUCUCGCCAGGGAUCGGCGGUGAUGAUGGACGCAUUAUGUUGCCGAUCGGGGUCAGGGCUUCCAAAGAGCAGGGACUGCCGACUGGAGUGAGCGUCCCAUGGGAUGAUGUUGGUGUUCCAAACCAAACGCUCUCGUCGUAGGGACUACGACGAACAGGUGUCGUCGCGCGGAGUGCAAGCGCUGGAGACAUCGGCCUUGGUUCCGUCAUCUCGUCACGAACCGCAGGAGAAGGCGAAGGCGACUGGGGUCGUCUCCGGACUUUCCUGGUUUCUGGAGAGCUUCCUUGUGUGGUGGGUGAGGCAGACAUCAAUCCGAACUUUGAAAGCGGCUCAUUCUCGAUGCCCACAGCUGGUGCGAGAAUCAGAUGCAUCGUUCUUCCGCGUUCGUCUUCCUGUCCGGAGUCAUAGUCCGAAUCCUCGUCAUCGCGCAAUGCUGAAUGUGCCGGGCUAAGUUCCCGUCGCUUCCAGUGUGGGGCAGCGGCCGGGACAGCCUUAGCGGGGAGAUCCAGUCCUAACCAUCGGCGCACGAUCCCGGCCUUCAUCGCCAACCGCCCACUGUGAGCCCAGGAUUCUGCCAGAGGCCCGGUAUCAGCACCGCCAACCAAAUUUGUAAUGGCAGUGUCUAUGCUAUGAUCUUGUUGUAAGCCGAUAGUGAGACGGGAGCGAGCGUCGGCAGGUGCUGCUUCCGGAGAGAUCGGAUCUAGCACGCAUUUGGAAAACAUUCUCUUGAUCGCAGGCAAGUCACAGCCUUUCAGCCCGGGGACCAAGGUGUUGGGAACAAUGGCCCUGGGCCGGAAGAGUGAUACAAAAGCUUGCAGUUCCGGAAGAGGCGAGUGACGUGCAAGGGGAACCAGCUGACGAUAGGCAUGAGAUGGGUAUGCAAUGAAUUUAAGCACUUACAAGCGAGAGCACCUCUUCUCCGCGUCCCAAUUUCGCUCUCGUGACAUGCAGGUACUCGGUCCACCUCUCUCUGCUCAUCGUAACCGGAUUGAUAUACACAAGCUUCUUUCCUGCGGCGCUCAGUUUGCUUCCUUGACGCUCCGCAACAACCUCGCAUCGGUCAAACCUCUCGCAGGCAUGAAAUCUCGUCGACCACGGCUUGUCGGUCCCCAUCGCACGAAGAGAUGGAUCAGCGGAGAUGUGCCGGUACACGCUGUGUUUAUAUCUGUCAAGGUGGAUCGGCUGCCGGAAAGCGCGCGCCACGGCCUUCAGAAUGUCUUCGUAGCCCCACGUCCAAGAGUUGAUGAAGAAGUGCGUCGCUGAGUCGUACAUCUUCAUCAACUCUACCAAACCAUUCGUCGCAUCGAGCUUGGUCGGCACCUUGCUCUCGCAGAACACGCUCGCGGUAUCGAGGUAGAUCGCCUCGAGUGUCUUCCCGCCGCCGACGAGGUAGGGUUGGAGGAGGGGAUUGUGAGUAAUGGCGUCGCAGAACCAGGGCUCGGCACGGAAGUCUCCCGUGUGCAAGACUGCACCGCGGUCGCCUUCAAUCAAGAACCUCCCGAAAGCUUGAGACUACGACAGGAUGGGGAAGAGAAGACAUACAUCACUGCACCUGGGCAAUGAUUCGCGUCGAAAAGCGUGAUUGUGACAAUGUCAGAAUUGGAAAGCUCUAUCUUAGUCGGAGUGUGUAUAGGCAAUGGUUUCUUUGUAUCCAUUUCAGUGGCUGUACGCGAAACCAGACAGCGAACCCACCAGAAGAUCACGCGAGCCCGUGUACCACAUCCUGCCGUCGAAUCCCACGACGGGGUCCACCUUCAGAUGCUUGUAUGUCCUCUGCGUCUCCGCACGGAACUGAUGCUCCUUCAACGAUCGCUCGGCGUAAACUUCGUGCCGUAGAAGCAUCUCCUUCGCAUCAGCAGAGCAUAUGACGGCGUGUCCAAACGACUGAGCCUGUAGCCCUGUGAUGUGGUCGGCGUGCGUGUGGGUGAGGAGGUGAAGAAGGGCUGAGGGGCUUGGUGUUGACGAAGCAGACAGAUCGGUGAAUUCAUCGACACGGAUCCGGUACGGCGGGAUGAAGGAGUUAAAGGGCGCUCCAGGAGGCAUGAUUAUGAGAUUGAGAAGAAUGGCAGCCAAAGUAUCAUUGAAGUUCUGCUCCCUGAGAACUGCAUUGACGGAGUCAAGGAAAGGAGCGGCUGUACAUUGCAAUCAGGGGGCGCUUAACUCACGUGAAUAUCACGUGCAAUAUCUCCGCUGCUCCUGACUUGCUCAUGACUUGCUUGUAUCCGCUCUUUGGUGAUUAUCAGAAGCAGUCUGACACGUACAAUACCGGCAGUGCCGAUAUACUAUAUAUAAAACUACAUAGAAGGAAUCUCAGCGCGAGGAACGCUAGUUACACACAUGGUUUACAUAGCUAAAGAUCCUGGGUUUGCGGAAAUGGGACAUGACUCGUGAGGAGAAAGCGAUCCCCGAAAUGAUUGGUGGUUCGUAAAGUGGUUUUGACUUGCUUCAUACACCAGCCGGCUCGGGGGCAGAUCGGGUUGAGGACGUCGCUUCUCUCUUUCUCUCUAAAUCCGCAGCCCAGAGAGCGGCACCAGCGGCGGUCGUCAUCAAGAACACCAUCGACAGGACCGGCACCAGCUGGAGCAGCAGCGCAACCAUCCCAAACCACGUGUACUUCCAUCGUUUCUCCCGGAUCCAUUCAUCUCUCUGCAUUCCGGUGAAGCCGCGCAACUUGAAGUAACGCCAGUGUUGGUAGGGCCCGGCACGGCGACCCAGAGCAAGGCAGUAGAGCGGUCCACCGAUGAUGGGGAUGAAGGUAAGGGGGAGGAAAAGGAUGAAUUCGAUCGUGAGUCGAAAGGAAAAGGGGGAGUACACAGCUGAUUUGAUAGGACGGCCGAGCUGUUUCACGGGAUUGGGUGCAUUGUGGAUAAUCGCUCGUCGCUGAGAUACGAGAGUUGUGUAGCCUUUAUGUAUUAGCACCUGCAUGAGAUCAGAGAUGCUGAACUGGCAUCGGCCUGGAAUUGAGACGUACUGCAUCGAAUAUCGUCACCAAAGCUUCAUCGACGAAAAAAGCCUCGAAUAACAACGCGACUAUGACAGCCCCUUCACCAAGAACAAGGAAUACGGCGUUGAACCAUGCGAGGCGACCUUGAAAGAUAGCGAGGAAUGCAACUUGAGGCAAGUACGUGAAGACGAAGAGAAUGGGAAGGAUGAUGAGCGAGAUGAUGCAUGCAGGAACGAAUCUGGCACGGAAGAGGGGCCAGAGGUAUGGGUGCCGGAGGCAGAAAUAGAAGCCCUAAAAGGACAAUCAGCCUGAGCACCAUGAUGUCGCCUGCAACGUUUUCGGGAGAAACGACGGCAAUCGGUACAUUAGGCACUCUGCCUCGACUUGAUAAAAAGGCUUUUGAGAUACGGCAGCGAGACGAGCGUCGUAUGUAUACGCCUAUCGUUCGACUCUCGUCCAUCUCCUCUGCACUUUGCUGGUAACAUGUGAAAGCUUGCUUACUUUGAAGGGAUAGAGAUAAGCAGAUGUGACGAAAAUAACUUUCGGUCGGGAUAGAAGUGCAGUCAGCUCAUCCGCGCGGUGCUGUUGCUGCGAUGUUGUCAUAAGUUGGCGGUCGAGGGCUAGUCGCGGCGCAGGGCGAUGCGACACACAUGACAAGCGCAUCAAUGAUGUGCGAUUGAUAGGAUCAGCUCAGCCCCAAUCUACUGAACUCUGUAAAAACGAUGCAGAUGAGACGAAUUAUGGGAACUAGCUGGCCAUAAUCUUACCUCUUUUAGAAACUUCAAAUCCACAUGCCCAUUCUGAUGCCGCACAUGCAUCACCAGAUGGCUAACAAUCUAAAGCUGACGUCCAGCGCGCGUUCGCACAGCACAUCAUAGCGUCCUUGCUUUCAUCCUCGCUGGUCGACCAUUACUUUCUCGCCCUUUCUCCUCUUCGAUCACUGGUUGACUUCUCUCCAUGGCUUCAGAAUCACUUUGGAUCGGGGUAUCAACUCUUUGGGUGUCAACAUUCCUUUAUGGCGUCUACCUCAUUCUUUUCGUCGGUUGCAUGCGCGUGCUGAUCAAUCGCCCGAACGGACGCCUCUCAAUGUUUGCUGUUCUCCCAACGACAGCUGUCAUCAUGUUCAUGUUAUCGACUGCGUCCGUUUUGAUCUUUCUGCUGCAAGGCGCGUCAGCCUACGGUCAUGCCGGUAUUUCCCUGGAUGACUUGCAAAUUGCUGGGGCGGUGGUAUAUGUUACAAACAACUUGGUGGCGGAUGCGUUAUUAGUCUAUCGCUGCUAUGUGAUCUGGGGCACAAUCUGGGUCACUGUCGUGCCUAUCAUCCUGCUGCUGGCCACGAUGAUUCUCGGAUAUUCCAUCCAACUUCGCUUGUUCUUCAUUGUUUCGCUCAGCACUAACUUGCUUGUACCGACACUUAUAGCGACCAGGCUGUGGUGGAUUAUCCGUCGAAUCCGAUCAGAAGCCGGAGAGGCAACGAAGCGCAGGGGUGUCAAAGCCAUCAUCAUAAUGCUUGAAUCUGGGCUUAUCUAUUCGGUACUCGUUUCCAUUCACAUGGCCUAUUUCCAUUACGAUAACCCGAUCGACUCCGUGAUAUAUGCUGCUCUGGGUCAGAUUGUGGGAAUUGUGCCGACUCUUAUCAUCGUCCGUGUGCAACAAGGCGGAAGUCAAAAUGGGUCCAUGAUGUCUUCUGCGUCCAAUCCUAUGGGCCCGAACCCUGAUUUGCACCUCCAAUCGGGGCCCGACUCGGAUCUUCUACGCAGGAUGGAAUCAAAUCGCACGCUACAGAACGAUCGCACAGUCGUCGCGGAUGUGACGGAAGAGAAAGGCUUCAGAAUGGACUCAGAGACGUCCGGAUGGGAGGCUGAGACCAUAGUGUAACGUCGAGAUGAGGACGGCAACCUGUAGACUGGCCAGAUUUGAUCAGAAAGAAGAUUGGCUGAGGAUGACGGCUUUCACAGACACAUCAAUUCGAUGAUAGUUGGCGGCUACCAAGGGGAAUGAGUGAAAAGUCGGCAGUUUCCGAGGUCAAGAUCGUCAGUAGAAAUGUAUCAUUUCGCCUUGAGGGCGAGGCCCAAGAAAAUCUGUACGUCGUCGGUGUAAGGUCUUUGGCUAUGCACACAAAAG